AUGUACAUGCCGGAGCAUAUAUCUGGAACCGGAGAUCCGAUUUCGUUGGCUGGAAUCGAGUCGUUUUCGCUCUCCGGUAACAGCUCAGCGUACGAGAAUCGUGUUGUAGAAGCAGGACAUGACCAUUUCUUCGUUAGUAUCAAUGAAAACAUUUUACGCAAAACGAGGAAUUUUCAGUAUCAAAUCCCGGAAGAAGCUGUUGGAUCCAUUGAUUACAUGCAAAUCAUGGAGAAAUAUCAACAGUUUGUCGCCAAUCCCGAUGACGAUUAUAUUGAAGUUGACCCGGUUCGUCAGUUAAAGAAAGUUGGAAGUCAACUAAAAGAAAUCAGCCUCACCUUGAACCAUCUCAUGGAGGAGAACGAGAGACGAGACCGUCGCGAGCAUGUUCGUAACGUUUAA